UCAAAUGACGUGAUUCGAUUUGAUUUAACAAUUGUAUACAUAGGUUAUGUAUUUAUUGGCCCUUUAGAAACAAUAAUGGUAACAUACUUUUUAUGGAAAGAAGUAGGCGUGGCGUCAAUUCUUGGAGUUGCUACAUUUAUCGUUUUUCUACCAUUGCAAGCAUGGUUGGGUUCAAGUAUAUCAAAUUAUCGACUUAAAACAGCUAAUAGAACAGAUGCAAGAGUUAGUUUAAUGAAUGAAAUAAUUUCUGGCAUACAAGUAAUUAAAAUGUAUACCUGGGAACAUUUUUUUACCAAACUAACUGAAUUUGCCAGAAAAAAAGAAAUAGACCAAAUUACUAAAACGGCAUAUAUCAAAGCUACAUUAUUGUCAUUUUCUGUGUUCAACACAAGACUCGCUUUAUUCUUAAGUGUUCUUUUAUAUGUAAUACUCGGAAAUUAUAUAACUGCAUCAAAAGUUUUUAUAAUUACAUCGUAUUAUAAUAUUUUGCGAGUAUCUAUGGCGGUUACUUUUCCUGUUGGAAUUGGUUUGAUUGCUGAAUUACUAGUUUCUAUUAAAAGAAUUGAGGAUUUUCUUUUACGUGAAGAAAAAGAUAAACAACCGAUAAUUCAAACGAAAACCAUAAAUGAAUUUGACAAUUCAAGACUUAACGACAUCAGUAAAAUGCCAAAUAAUAUUAACAAUCAAGAUGAUACUGAACAAUUAAGUAAUUAUCGUAUUGUUGUUUCGAACGUUACUGCCAAGUGGACAGACUCUCAAACUGAUAAUACUUUAGAAAAUAUAAAUUUAACCGUAAGAGCAAGUCGUUUGGUUGCAAUAAUUGGUCCAGUAGGAGGCGGAAAAAGUUCGUUGAUACAAGCCAUCUUACGAGAAUUGUCACUGUCUAAAGGAAGUAUUUCAGUGCAUGGUGUGGUAUCAUACGCAUCCCAACAACCCUGGUUAUUUGCAGGUUCUGUUCAAGGAAAUAUUCUUUUUGGUUUGCCAAUGGAUAGAAACCGUUACAAUAAAAUUAUAGAAGUAUGUGCGUUAAAAACAGACUUGGAUCAAUUUCCAUAUGGUGAUAGAACAAUUGUUGGAGAAAGAGGAAUUUCUCUUAGUGGUGGACAAAGGGCAAGAAUAAAUUUGGCCAGAGCUAUAUACAAAGAAGCAGAUAUUUAUUUACUGGAUGAUCCUCUGUCGGCUGUUGACAAUAAUGUUGGCAAACACUUAUUUGCAAAAUGUAUUAAAGAAUUCCUCAAAGAAAAAACAUGUAUACUUAUUACUCAUCAAUUACAAUACUUAACCAAUGUAGACCAAAUAGUAUUAAUAGAAAAUGGCAAAAAAAUAGCCGAAGAUUCGUACAAAAACCUUCAAGAAUCCGGAUUAAAUUUUACCAAAAUGUUAGGGUCUCCAAUAGAACCUGUGGUAACGUCUGAUAAUGAAGUUAUUACGAAAAGUAAUAGACCAAAAUUUCGAAGCCAAAAUUCCAUUUAUACUCGACAAGUGUCUGUGUUGAGUGUUACGUCAACUGUCGAAGAAAGUAAUUACAAUAAUGUUCAGGUUGAAGUUGUAGAAAUUGUUGAACCUAUUGAAGUAGCUGAAACUCGCUCUUUUGGAAAUUCUGGAUUCAGUAAUUACUUAUCAUAUUUCUCUGCCGGCGGACACAAGUGCAAAAUAUUCUUAUUUCUAUUGAUAUGUAUCUUAACUCAAAUACUAUCUUCCAGUGGUGAUAUUUGGAUAACUUACUGGGUAAAUUUAGAAGAACACGUUUUUCGUCCAGUUAGCCAUUUAGAACCCGAGAAUAAUAGUACACCGACAAGAUGUAAUUCAUCCAAUACAUUAAUUCAAUGGAUAGUAGAUCGUCAAACAUGUAUUAUCGUGUUUACUGUAAUUACAAUAUCUGUUAUAAUAUCUACAUUAAUUAGAUCAGCUUUCUUUGUAUCAGUAUGCACAACAUCUUCUACAAAUCUACAUAACCGUAUGUUAGGAUCAAUUAUAAGAGCAACAAUGUACUUUUUCAAUAAAAAUCCAUCAGGAAGAAUACUUAAUCGUUUUUCGAAAGAUAUAGGAUCUAUUGAUGAAAUGUUACCUUUCGUAUUAAUGGAUGUUAUACAAAUUGGAUUGAUUGUGAUUGGAAUAUUAAUUAUUGUUGGAAUAACCAAUCCAUACCUUAUUAUACCGACAUUAAUCAUAGUGGUCAUAUUUUUCAAAAUCAGAAAUAUUUAUAUGACAAUAUCACAAAGUAUUAAACGUUUAGAAGGAGUCACACGAAGUCCUGUAUUUACUCAUUUAAAUGCAUCCCUUCAAGGAAUAACAACUAUAAGAGCAUUUGAAGCAGAACAAAUUCUUUCCGCAGAAUUUUCCAUCCAUCAAGAUUUACAUUCUUCAGCUUGGUAUUUAUUUAUUUGUUCGAGUAGAGCGUUUGGAUUUUGGUUGGAUUUAACCUGCCUUAUAUAUAUAAGUAUCGUGACGUUUUGUUUUUUAUUUAUUGGCAAAGACACAUAUAGUGGAAAUGUCGGUCUUGCUAUAACUCAGUCAAUAGGACUAAUUGGUUUAUUUCAAUGGGGAAUGAGGCGGUCGGUUGAGCUAGAAAACCAAAUGACAUCUGUUGAAAGAGUACUCGAGUACACAGUUUUACCCCAAGAACCAGGACUUGAAUCACCUCAAAAUAAAAAGCCACCAAAAGACUGGCCUGAUAAGGGUCAAAUAACAUUCAACAAUUUUUAUCUACGAUAUGACAUAGAUACGCCUUAUGUCUUAAGUAAUCUAAACAUUAACAUUGAACCUACAGAAAAAAUUGGAAUUGUCGGUAGAACUGGUGCAGGGAAAUCAUCGUUAAUUGGAGCAUUGUUUAGAUUAGCCCUCAAUGAGGGUAAUAUAACUAUCGACAACCUUGAAAUACAUGAGUUGGGACUACACGAAUUACGAUCCAAGCUUACUUUUAUACCUCAAGAACCAGUUUUAUUUUCAGGAACCGUACGCAAUAAUUUAGAUUUAUAUGAUGAAUAUUCUGAUCACGAAAUUUGGAGUGUAUUAAAUGAAGUUGAACUUAAAGAUAUGGUGGAGGAUUUACCAAAUGGUCUAAACUCAAAAAUGUCCGAUGGCGGAUCUAACUUUAGUGUCGGCCAAAGACAAUUGGUGUGUUUGGCUAGAGCAAUUUUGCAAAACAAUAGAAUUCUGGUAUUAGAUGAAGUCACUGCAAAUGUUGAUCAUCGGACAGAUGCAUUAAUUCAAAACACAAUUAGAAAUAAAUUUCGAAUGUGCACAGUUUUAACGAUUGCUCAUCGUUUGAAUACUGUAAUGGACUCUGACAAGAUCCUUGUAAUGGACGGCGGAACAGUGGCGGAAUUCGAUCAUCCAUUUAGAUUAUUGAAAAACCCCAACGGAAUUUUCUAUAAAAUGGUGAAACAAACUGAUCACACCACUGCGCGUUUGUUACAUAAUACGGCUGCGGAGAAUUACAAGAAUAUCGAUAUACGAAGAAGAACCCUUAAAGAAGUUUGGUGAAAAGUAAAUAGUAUUAUAUAACUUAACUAGGGCAUUGAUUUAUAUGUAUUUUAUUUUCACUAAGACUUGAUGAAUUAAUAUUUAGGCAAGUGAUAAAUUCGUUUCACGUGAUUUUCAAUUGAAGCUAUAUUUGAUUUUACAUAGUCUUACAUAUUUCGUGAUAAAUACAUGUUUUUACAUAUUUCUCACAUGGGUACUCACUACUCAUAGGACACAGACUCUUUUGACAAUUAUUUAAACUAAUAUUCUAUUACUUUUUUUUUUUUUUUUAAAUUAAUCUUUAACUUUGGU